CAAUUUUAAUUCUAAAUUCAAAAUUUGCAAACUAAAGUUCUUAUCAUUUUGGUGGAAUGUAAAUUUGGUAACAUCAUGACUUCAAACUGGAACAAAUCCAGAAUUGUACAAAUAACUGAAGAAAAUUUACCGAAUAAUGAAACAAGUUUUAUGGUAGGUGGAACUUUAUAUGUCAUUAAACAGCAAAAUGUUCGUACCACUAUUGAAAUGCGACGAUUUCAAUACAGUAGAUUAUUACCAAAUGGUAAUCUAAUACCUCUGAAUAUGGACAGGAAUGAAACUAGUUUCAUUGACGAUUACAUUAAUUACUGUAAAUUACAAGCAAAGCCAAAACCUACAGUCGUAACGCCUAUAAUACCAAAUUUGCCUACACAAUGCACUGGAAUUAUACAUUCUAAUCCUACCGUGUUAACUGUAAACGUUACAACUCAGACAAAUUUUACACGCGAUAUUAGCACUUCAACAGAAUGUACUGCCCAACCAAAGAUACAGUUUACAACCACUCAAAAGAACAAAACAAAAUUAAAUAGUCAUUAUCCUUGUUGUGCUGAAUAUAUUCUUCAUAAAAAGAAGAAUAAAAAAAGAAAUCAUCGAAAGAAGAAAAUGCAUUUAUCCCCAUUUUUAAUAACUGAUAGUGAUGAUAGUGAGGUGCUUGGAAAAAAUCAAACAGUCGAAUAAGUCAAAUGUUGUAAGAUUCAACAUGCUGUUAAG